AUGACCAAGUUGCUAGCGAAGCAGCAGACGCUGCUUCACUCGAUCGCCAACGCUCUUUCCAAUUUCAAAAAAUUGGGAAGAAAUAACUACACUCCCGCGAAGAUUCGAUCUAGAAUCAACGCGCUCAAGGACGCUUGGGGCCAGUGCAUAAACGCCCAUGCAGCUCUGAUGCAUGUCACUCCCGAGGACCAGAAGAAGGAUGUCGAGUACUUUGCACUGCAGCAGUUCGACGAACACGAGGAACUUUUCCGGACGGCCCUCGACUACAUGACGGAGUGCCUGGAGGAGUUGAAACCCGUGUCGCCCGCAGCUUCGUUGGCAAGUCCUACGUUCAGAUACGCGGAUCCCGCGUCUUCCUCCGUGUCUCAUUUACCGCCGAUUAAAAUUCCACCAUUCUCGGGCAAUCCUGAAGACUGGGAAAGUUUUCGCGAUCGCUUUUCUUCACUGUUAAUUCAAAACAAAGAAUUAACCGCGUUUUCCCGCAUGCACUUUCUAGCGCCAAGUCUAACGGGUAGCGCUCUCGACGCGAUUAAAACUGUACCGGUCACCGCCGACAACUUUGACAUUGCGUGGAAGAUUCUGCUCUCGCGUUACGACAAUAAGCGUCGCCUCGUCGAUGUUCAUAUUGCCGCGCUGCUCAAUCUGUCCCCAGUCAAUCGGGAGUCGGCGUCUGAAUUAAACGACCUUCGCGAUAAGGCGAAUCGCGCUAUCGUCUCGCUAAAAAAGCUGGACAGAUUCUCCGAAAAGAUUCUGAGCGACAUCCUAGUUCACACAGUCUCGCGAAGGCUCGAUAGCUCUACGCGAAAAGCGUGGAAACUAAAGAGAAGCGAAGACGCGAACAUUCCCACGUUCGAAGAUCUCGACAAGUUCCUUGCAGCACGCGCUCGCGCGCUAGAAGAACUCAGUCCCUCAAGUUCACCUCGACCAGCCGUGCGAAAGGAUCACAGUCCGAGUCAACGAGUGGAGGUCAUCAAACAGGCAAAGCGCUGUCUAAAUUGUCUCAGUACGAAGCACGUCACUCAAUCCUGCCCGAGCAAGUAUUCAUGUCGGACAUGUCAAAAACGACAUCACACUCUCCUUCACGUUGACUCGAGUUCCGUGUCUGCGGUCACCGCCGUCGCUCCAAACGUGUCGACGCCCUUCGAAACGACGGAAGUCUCAACUGCAGCUUCGAUGUCCGCGGCUUGCGAUUUUCCAUCUCGACCGCCGGUGUUCAUUGCCACCGCACGAAUUCUCGUAACUUUCCCCCUCGGUCGAACGCGCUUCGUUUGCGCUCUUCUCGACCCCGGAUCGGAACUUACGCUCAUUUCAGAAAGUUUAAGUCGGGAAUUGAAAUUACGGCGCCUUCGUCUGCCUAUUUUGAUUUCCGGGGUCGGAUGCGUGGAUGCCGGAUCGUGUAGAUACGCCGCUCAAAUCGAAAUCUCGUCGAUGCAUUCGCCCGAACCUGCUUUUUCAGUCAUUGCGAUUAUCAUGCGCUCACUCACACCAUAUUCUCCGUCGCGCGCCGCGUCUCAACGUUCGUGGAGUCAUUUAGACGGCCUCUCGCUGGCCGACUCAGACCCAACAAGCGCUGCGCCGAUUGAAGUUAUCAUCGGUGCCGAUCUCUACGGUGAGAUUCUCCUCGAUGGCCGUCGGAAAGGAGAAUUCGGUCAGCCUUACGCGCAGAACACUAUCUUUGGAUGGGUACUCUCCGGACCGACGUCCUCUUCGCCGUUCCUCUCGUCGGCAUCCGUUCACUGUUGCUCGCAAGUAACGUGCUCACGCGGUGACUCGCCCACACUUGAUCAGGCAUUGAGACGAUUCUGGGAAGUGCAGGAGAUUCCGCGGAAGAUGGUGCUCACUCCGGACGAAUUACAAUGUGAGGAGCAUUUUCUCACAACGCAUUCGCGUAACUCUGAUGGGCGGUACAUCGUCCGUCUACUAUUCAAAAACGGUCCGCCGAUUAAAAUCGGAUCAUCUCGCGGCACAGCUACUCGCUGUCUCAGCAGCUUACUCCGUCGAUUUCGAAAAUCGCCAGAUUUUCAAAAGGAGUAUUCGGAAUUUUUGCGCGAAUAUGAAGAGAUGGGUCACAUGCGGGAAUCGCCUCCGUUGUCCGAAUCGUCUCAAUGCGUAUUUAUUUGCCAUCAUCCUGUCAUCCGCGACGGAAGUAGCACUACGCGUCUCAGGGUAGUAUUUAAUGCGUCGAGUGUUACCUCCAACGCGACCUCGCUCAAUGACCAUAUGUUAGCGGGACCGAAGCUUCAGACUGAGUUAACCGCGGUUAUUUUGCGUUGGCGUCAAUUCCGAUACGUUUACUCAGCGGAUAUCGCAAAAAUGUAUCGACAAAUUCUUGUCGAUCCGCGAGACGUGAACUAUCAACGCAUUCUCUGGUGCAAAAGCGACUCUAGUUGCCCUCGCGAAUAUCAAUUACUCACGGUCACAUACGGAACCGUGGCCGCUCCGUUCCUGGCACUUCGAGUACUGCGCCAACUUCUCUACGAUGAAGGACCGUCAUUUCCACUCGCCGUGACAGUCCUUCAGGAUAACAUAUACGUCGAUGACGUGCUCUUUGGCGCCGAUGACAUUCCGCUCCUGCGUCAAACGCGCAAUCAGACGUGCGCGAAGCUGUGGCAAAUCCGCGUCGACUGGGAUGAGGAUAUUAAUGCUAGUCUAGGCGAUGAAUGGUUGUCGAUCGAGAACUCUCUCAAGGUCAUCGAUGGCCUCCUCAUUGAUCGGUGGAUACGGAAAGGUGCGGACACCGUCAUGUGCGAGGUGCACGGAUUUUCUGACGCGUCUCAGAAAGCCUACGCGGCCGCCGUAUACAUUUGCCUAGCCUCGUUAUCGGGCGAACGAUCGUCGAUGCUGCUUCUCAGCAAAUCAAAGGUUGCGCCAAUAAAACCGUGGAGCGUACCACGGCUGGAACUGGCUGCAGCCGUACUCGACUCCGUGUUACUGUUGGACGGAUUCCACGGUGGUUCUUGCGUGACUCAACACCCGUCGAGGUGGAGGAUGUUUGUCUCAAAUCGUGUCAUCGAUAUUCAAACCCGCUUCCCUAAUGCCUCUUGGCGACACGUCUCCACUGAUGACAACCCCGCUGAUUGCGCUUCUCGCGGCAUUCUCGGAAGUCAGCUCGCGUCACACGAUCUCUGGUGGAGUGGUCCGUCGUGGUUGCGUCUCGCCAGCUCUGACUGGCCGUCGGCGAUCGCCCCCACUCCUGCCGGAGAGUUACCCGAACAAAAAUCUGAGAAAACCGUGAACCUGGUCGAGCAGCUGGAGCCGUGGGAUCUUGCUUCGCGAUAUUUGUCAUGGCCGAAACUGCUCAGGGUCACGGCAUACAUCAUGCGGUCAGGAAAACCUCUCGCCUCGAAAAACAGUCUCAAUCUGCUCACUCCGUUCCUCGACGAAGAGGAACUAAUUCGCGUUGGCGGGCGACUCGCUCAUGCUCCGCUCCCGUUCACCACCAAACAUCCUAUUGUGCUAGCGUCUCACCCGUUAGUUGAGUUGAUCGUGCAGAACGCUCAUUUGCGAUCACUUCAUGCUGGCACUCAACUAACUUUCAAUGUGCUGCGGCAGGAAUUCUGGCUGCUUCGCGGACGCAGUGUCGUCAGAGCCGCGAUUCACAAGUGCGUUGUAUGCGCACGCGAGCGCGCCGCGAUUCCGACACAACUCAUGGGCAAUUUCCCUCAAGUGCGAGUGUCGCGUCCUUCGCGCGCUUUCCUGAAUUGUGGCCUUGACUAUGCUGGACCAAUUCUCAUCCGAUCUAUGUCCGGUCAUGGAAUCGCGUCACGAAAGGCAUACAUUGUCAUAUUUAUCUGCAUGGCCACUCGCGCUGCCCAUCUGGAAAUUGUAGAUGGUUACGCCACUCCUGCGUUUCUAGCGGCGUAUGCCAGAUUCGUUGCUCGACGAGGUCUUUCUGAGUCCAUCUACUCGGACAACGGAACCACGUUCGUCGGCGCCGACCGAGAAAUGACGAUCGCCUUUCGCGCAGCGCUGCGCAACUCGGACUUUCAAAAUCAAACCGUCAUCGACAACACCAGCUGGCACUUCAUACCUCCGUCUGCGCCUCACUUCGGCGGUCUCUGGGAGGCGGGGGUGCGAAGUGUCAAGCAUCAUCUCCGUCGCAUGAUAGGAGCUCAUACGCUCACAUACGAAGAGAUCUCUACUCUCCUCUGUAGCAUCAAAGCGUGCCUCAACUCAAGGCCGCUAGCGCCGCUCUCCGACACGCUCGACGAUUACGAACCGUUGACGCCGGGACAUUUUUUGAUCGGCGGUGCAUUAACCGCUCGCCCUGAACCGUCUACGCUUAAUAUUAAAGAAAGUUGCCUCACGCGAUGGCAGCUCGUUCGCCAGAUAACGGAACAAUUUUGGAAAAUCUGGCAAAGUGAUUAUGUUAACACUCUCCAGCAAAGAACUAAGUGGAGACGCCAACUUCAAACCGAUGUUCGCGUUGGGCAGCUAGUCUUGCUUAGAAACUCACUUCUUCAGCCGUGCAAAUGGGAAUUGGGCCGUAUAAUAAUGUGUCAUCCUGGCUUCGACGGGCUCUCGCGAGUCGUCACCGUAAAAACGGCAACGUCGGAAUACAAGCGCCCUCUGAGUAAACUUUGUUUUCUGCCGAUCGACAUUGAGCAAAAAACGAACACCGACGGUGAACCCUCGAAAUAG